AUGUCGAAAUCCGGAAACAACAAACGCCGCGAGUCCAAGCAACGCCACGAGACACGCCAGGACGAUCUGGAGGAGAAUGAUCAUGAGGCAGCGAAAGUAGGGGGCAUGAACGCAGAUUCGGAUGAAGACUCGACGAUGACAGAGCCUCUAUCAGACGAAGAAGAGCAGGAAGAUGUCGAGGAUGAGGCAUCAACAGAUGGGGUGGCAGAUGGGCUAGAUCAAGAAGUACCUCAGGCAUUGCAAGAAGAAGACCGUCUAGUACGCCAGCUCGAGGGCUUUGAUGGUAUAGACGGAGAGCAAGAGAACAGGCAGACUGAUACCAAUAUCAGCAGCAAUGGAGGUGACAGCGGAGACGACGGUGAGGAUACCACUGAGCCUGCCACUGCUCCUGUUUCAUCUGAGGCUCAUCAACGAGCACAAGCACUUGCGGCCAUUAGGAAAAACUGGAACAUCGAACACGUUCACGACAUCCUGACUGAAGAGACAUGGCUGACAGGGCCGCUCAAACUCCAACACGUCAGCGACGACACUUGGGAAUUAGCAACUCUUCUUAAAUUCCAGCAGCUGUCGGAACAGACGAAAGCUAUGAACAAGAAGAUGAAGGAGCAGUUCAACGGUACAUACUCGGCAAGGACUGACUACUUGCUAAGACGUUUACAAGAACAACGAAGAGGAGCGCGGAAUGGAGAGCUGGCUACUACUGGGCAGCGUGAACAGGACAUGCGAGGAGGGGAUGCAGAACAAGAGGGAGGAGACAGUGAUGAUAAAGAGAACGGAGAGGGUAAUGGGGGUGACGUGGAUGGCAAUGCUGAAGGCAACGGAGACAGAUAG